AUGGCACUGAGGGAUGCAGUGCUCUCCCGGGGGUACCUGCCAUCAGAGCGGUUUGGGGCCAUCCGGGUGAGGUGCCUCUUCACCCCCUGCCACACCUCGGGCCACAUGUGCUACUUCAUGUGGGAGGACGGCUCCCCGGACGCUCCUGCUCUCUUCUCAGGUGAUACCCUGUUCGUGGGAGGCUGCGGGAAGUUCUUUGAGGGGACAGCAGAGCAGAUGUACACCAACCUCACCCAGAUCCUGGGGGCUUUGCCCAUGGAGACGAAGGUGUUCUGUGGCCACGAGUGCACCGUCCGGAACCUCAAGUUUGCCUUGAAAGUGGAACCGGAGAAUGAAAUGGUGAAGAACAAACUCGCCUGGGCCAAACAGCGGGAUGACGAGGACUUGCCCACGGUGCCCUCCACGCUGCGGGAGGAGUUCCUCUACAACCCCUUCCUGCGGGUCACGGAGGAGCCCGUGCAGAAGUUCACGGGCAAGACGGACCCGGUGGAGGUGCUGAGGACCCUCCGCACCGAGAAGGACAACUUCAAGAAGCCCAAGGAGCGGCCCCAUCCCCAGGCCGUGCUCGCCUUCGACUGGGGACUUUUCAGCCCCUUCCUCGAGAAGCAGUGA